AUGGUGUUUGCAAUGUCUCCUUCCGUAGCUGCUCACUCCUACCUCGUCUUGCAGAGCGUGCAGUGUUUGUCGGUGUUACAGAUGUGUGUCCCAGAUGUAGGGAUGGGGCCCAGUCUGGAACGACUGCAGCUCGACAUUCCGAACUUGCUCUCCGAGACAAACGCAGUCUUCUCUAAAACAAUGGCCGAACGGAUCAAGGACUAUCAUCGAUGUCCCGGCUGUACGAACAUCUUAAGAGAUCCUCUCAUUCUGCUGUGCGAUCACAACAUCUGCCGUACAUGUCUGCAAGAGUCAAUUGCCAAAGAACGACUAUUGUGUCAACUCUGUGGGACAGUGUUUGGAUUGAGUGAUCCGCGUCCAAACGCUGCACUCAAGGCGGUAUGUGAGGACCUUUCCCAGUCUAUAGACAUGUGCAGCUUGCACAAAGAGGAACUCAACCUCUUCUGUUUGGACCACCAGGAGCUUGUGUGCUAUAAGUGCUCAAAUGCAGAAAUCCACCGUGGUCACAGGUUCCGGCCCCUCAAAGAAAUUGUGAAAGAUUAUCAUAAGGAACUCCAGGAAGGCCUGCAGAAGGCAGAGGAAAGAGUAAAAGAUGCCCGCUACCGUAAAGACAUCUUAAUUGAACAGGCAGAGUACAUCAAAGCCCAGAGAGCGAAGGUCGAACGCAAGAUUAGGAAGGAGUUUAAGGGGAUCCGUUUCAUUCUCGACUUGGAGAAGGACAGCAGGUUGUCUGCGGUCAAGUUUGAAGAGGAGGGGAAGACUCGAGCGAUUAGGGAGCAGAUAGCGGUUCUCAGCAAACAAAUCAACGUUCUCUCGGAUGUCGUGAGCAGCACUAGGAAGCAGCUGAAGUCUGACAACGUUUCUUUCAUGAAGAACUUUGAGACUGCGAUGAGCAGAAUCCAGGAGCUGCCCGAGAUGCCGCAUCUGCUGCUAGAAGGUCUGCUGGAUGAAGACAAACACGUGGGCAACCUCAGGUUCAAGGUGUGGGAAUGGAUGAAGGACUCGUUGACCUACAUUCCCGUCAUUCUGGACCCCAACACAGCCAAUCCCAGAAUCUAUCUGUCCCAAGAUCUGAACAGUCCGAGUUUGGAAGAAGUAGGGCAGGAGCAUCCAAAGAAUCCAGAGAGGUUCCAAACAAACCUGAGUGUGCUGGGUGGGGCUUUGGACCCAGGAAGACACGUGUGGGACGUCGAGGCAUGUAGUUGA